UGUGAUGCGGAUGUAUCUUUCUACGCCGUAGAUUCCCACUGCCGACCCCGCAAUCCGAGUUACCUCUGAAGUAUCCGUAGUUCACACCUACCUUACUCUUCGACGCUUCUUCCCUUCUUCUCUCUUUCAUCUUAACCCGCAAGUCUCUCAUGGUUAGCGGACACAACAGCGUCAAUUCCCGGGGGGUUCAGCUCUCGAUUCCCCAGAUUGCCUUAAGACAGCUCUUCUCACAUCUCUGACCGCUCGACUCGUCAUCAACAUCAUCGUCUCUGUUUCCCUUGUGCUUCUCGCCGUCUAUCCUCUAAACUUCGCGACCCAGUCACCUCACCCUGUUUGUCGCCCGUCCACACCACCACAACUCCACCUGCUGCGCGGUCUGGAUGGACCAAAACCCCAACUGGCAAAGGGCCGUAUCACGACCGCGCUGAAGACCUUGAUCUCCCCUCACGAGAUCACCGUCUGAAGGCGCUGCCAUCUCGUCACUGCUAGAAGCAUGCCAGCGACAGAAGCCGAAUAUCACCAAAUACACCAUGUUCCGGCCCGCCAACCGACUGCGAUCAUGCCUCGAGCUCAGGAAGAGCGCCCGCAGAGGCUGGUCAAGCGCUACCGCACCGAGAUCGCCGCCAGCACGUCGAGCAUGUUCUCGACUGUCCUCGCCUUUCCCCUCGAUAGCGUGAAAACACGAAUGCAGACCUACCGAUACGAAGGCUUCCUUGAUUGCGUGAAGCAUACAUACCGCACCGAGAAGUUGAGAGGCUUCUUUCGGGGCGUCCUUGCCCCAAUGGCCAGCAUCACACUCGUCCGAACCAUGUCCUUUUCGAUUUACCAACGCGCCAAACACAAUUACUCGGGCUGGGUUAAGAACGCCCUGGGAUUCGACGUGCUGCAGCAUGUGAAUCAAAAAGGCACAUAUCCAAAUCUGUACUCCAUUGCCUGUUUUGGAGCCGCCGGCGCCACUGCCGGCUCAUGCAUCACGCUUCUCGCCUGCCCCUUUGAGCUCACCAAGCUCAGCGCGCAGGUGGCUGUCUUGUUGUCAGACCAACAAAAGCUCAAGGAAGCAAAUUGCCGCGCCACCAAUGGACACCAGGUUGCAGCAAGCUACCAAAAUAAGGGCACUUUCAAAACCAUGCGCAACAUUGUUCGUCAUAGGGGUGCUCUGGGGCUUUACACUGGCUUCAACUUGCACUUGUUGCGAGAUACUUUGGGUACGGCCAUUUACUUCAUGGUCUACGAGAGCGGAAAGCAGCUCGGAACUACGUUUGGUGGUGACCACCCAACGACUAACAAGUUUGCGGUCGUCAUCUCUGGAGGCAUGUGCGGGAUAGUAUCCUGGGCAAUGAUAUACCCCAUUGACUCGGCAAAGAGUAUCUACCAGCGAAACUCUCUCUUGUACUCGAAAGGGCAACAGGUUGAGCCGCCGCCGAAGAUUGAAUUCUUCAAACGAAAUAUGUAUCGCGGACUAGGGGUUUCGAUGGGUCGCUCAUGCGUCGUCAACGCCAUCUUUUUCUCCGCUUUCGAAUUCACGAAGAAGCAUCUCAACUCCCUGGAUGACAACUAAGGAAUGAUGAUUUGUAUGAACUAUCUGCUAGCUAUGCCAAUCGCAGUUGAACAAGCGCAUACAUAAUGGUCGAUGGCGUUUUGGCUCGGUGGUCAAUGUAAACCACCGAGUAUACUUGGGACAAUGGAAUGGAAGCAAGGACAGAAACCAAGUUGUAGUUUGGAUUCGACUGCAAUCAAAUUAUAAGUUAUUG